CUCCCCCGCACCACAACUCCCAGGGGGCAGCGGGACGGCGCUCUCGCAGCGCCCGUGUCGGCCGGCCACCGUGCGGCGGGUCCCAGCGGCCGCCGCGGGGGAGGGGCAGGAAGAUGGCGGACUUGGUCGUGGGCAGAGACAAGUGCGGGGAGCAGCGCCUCGUGUCGCUGCCCCUGUCCCGCAUCCGGGUCAUCAUGAAGAGUUCGCCCGAGGUGUCCAGCAUCAACCAGGAGGCGCUCGUGCUCACGGCUAAGGCUACGGAACUCUUUGUCCAGGAUCUAGCCACCUAUUCCUACAGACACGGCAGUGGGAAAGAGAAGAGAGCACUCACCUACCAUGACUUGUCCAACACUGCAGAGGAAUCGGAGACGUUCCAGUUUCUGGCAGAUAUUUUACCGAAGAAGAUACUAGCGAGUAAGUAUCUGAAGAUGCUUAAGGAGAAGGAAGAGGAGGAGGAGGAGAAUGAGAAUAACAACGAUGAAAGUGAUGAAGCAGAAUCCUAAACCCCAAACGAAAUGCUUUCCAAGUCCGCCUGGUGAGGCCCUCCAGGACGAGCCCCGCACUGCGUCUCAGUCUCCUCACCUUCCAGAGGCUUCCAAGACACUGCCCUCCUCGGCUGAGACGCAGGGCCUGAGGCACCUGCACGCAGAUGGCCAGAGCAAAGCUCUGCCCACAGUGCAGCUGGAGGGCACCAAGCAAGAGCUGCCUGACCGCCAGCAGCAAGUCUGCUUAGCUUUCGCUUCGGGCCAGGUUCCAGAGCUGCGUCUGGUUCUAGCUCAAUGUAGGUUAAGUUACAUUUGUUACCUUGUGUGUAGUGAGUUACAUUGACAUUUUUGUAUUUCAAGAAAACUUGAAUGUUUGUUUAAAUACAGCAUUUUUAACUGUAAAGACAUAAAAAGUUUAAAUUACAAGUUACAUGUAUUUUUACAGUAAAA